AUGGGGGCAGCGUUGUUAUCUACCCCAGAUUUGCUUGUGCUGAUUUUGGAAAAUUUGGUGAACCAAGUGGGAAAAGUGUAUAAUAUUCCGAUUAGUGCUAAAAUUAGACUUCUUGAUGAUGCAGAUGCGGUGCCUUCAUUGGCACUUAUUGAUAGAUUGUGCAAAACAGGAAUCUCAAACUUAACGUUGCACUGCCGUACCCCCAGAAUGAGAAAUAGAGACGCACCCAUAAGAGACUUUUUACCGGCCAUCAUAGAAACUGUUCACUCCAAUAAUGUAAGCUUUAUAAUUAAUGGAUCUAUACGUAAUCGUCGGGAAUUUAGCAUAUUGCAACAGAAGUACGGUAAUAAAGUAGGGGGCAUGAUUGCAGAAAGCGCAGAAUCUAAUCCAACUGUUUUUGCAGCAACCCCUUUGCCUUGGAAUCAAGUCGUACCUGAAUUUAUCAAAAUCGCACAAGAAAUGGAUAAUUAUCCGGGGAAUACAAAAUAUAUAAUGCUCAACCAGGUUCCUGGUAAAUCCAAGUUCUAUCAGAAGUUCUGUCAGGCCAAAACACACAAAGAAUUAUUUGAAAUUGCCGAAACAAUAGGUGAAGAGGGAAAUAAGAUUAUGAUGAAAUAUAUGCAAAAAGAUGUAUUGAUAAACCCUUCAGAUUUCGAGAGUUACCGAUAUGAAAUACAAAACAAACGCAAGUUAGAACAUGAGAAUAAGAUUAAUGAUAACGAAAAAAUUGAUAAGAAACAGAAAACAGUAGCUGUCACUGUAUAA